CCGGCCUCUCCGGUAUUUAGCGGUUGGCCGAUGAUUGCGCAGCUGCUACGUUUGCGUGGAGUUUGGGCGUACGUGUGCCUUGCAAAUGCUCUCGAUGGUCUCGAUGCAUUAGCGGCUGUUUUUCUUCCUAUUUUUGUUUGCUUCCGACGACUUCUAGUGCUAACAGAGUGGUGCAAU